AUGAAAUCUAGUAUACCAAAGAAUUCUUGGAAUAAUAUCUCGUCAAAUCGUUACAAUAAUUCUCAAAACCACUAUAGUUGGAAUACUCAAAGAAAUUCUCGAAAUAAUCCAGUAACAUCUUCAUCUACAAAUUUUUCUUCUCAUUCAUCUAAAUUGAGUAAACCUCAAGCUUAUCAUACAAAUCAACAUAUAUCAUCAACUAAUAGUAAAACUUCUACUGAUAAUAAUCGUCAACAAAUCCGUACACAGCAAUAUCACAAUAGUUCUAAAUAUCGUACUAAAUCAAAUUCACGUUUAGUUAAUGCAAUUGCUUCAUCUGAUUUGUCAGCUCACGAUAUUAGUAUAAAUAGCUCCGAUUCGUCUACUGUAUGUCAGAUUUGCGACACACAAGGACAUGACGCUCCGUCUUGUCCAAGUUUUCAGUAGCGGAGUUGUUAGAGAGCACUCUAACAUACAUCUUUAUUUUAUCUCUUUUCUUCAACUUGUGUGUGUAUGCGUCAUCAUUCGGAUAUACGUUAUCCAUCCUAUAUACGAAGGUCAAUGUA